AUGAACUUGACGUGCAACUCCACGCUGGAGGACAUGAGGAUCGUCCCCGGCACGGAGAAGGUCAUAGUUGGUGCCUUGACAUUCCACCAGCUUGCCCUCAUCAUUGCGGCAGGGUCCACGCUCGUCGCCAUACUUAUGAGCUUCUUCUUGAUAUGGAUGCAUGCCCUCAAUUAUACCAAGCCCCGUGAGCAGAGGCAGUAUGUUGAGCCCUUCUUCACUUCCUGUAUGGCCCACCUGCUGACAACAUGUCGUACAACCAGCAUCAUCCGCAUCCUCUUCAUGAUCCCGGUCUACGCUACGGCUUCCUAUCUAUCAUUACGCUACCACUGGAAAGCGAUUUACUUCCAGGUCUUGAGCGAUUGCUACGAGGCCUUCGCCAUCUCGUCCUUCUUCGCCCUCAUGUGUUCCUACAUGGCGCCCGACCUGCACGAGCAAAAGGAGUUCUUUCGAGACAUGCGGCCCAUCAAGCCAUGGGUGUGGCCGCUCAACUGGUUCAGGGCCUGCUGCGGCGGCGAGAGAGGAAUCUGGAGGACCCCUAAGAGCGGCCUGACCUGGUUCAACAUCAUCUGGAUCGGCAUCUAUCACUACUGCUUUAUCCGUGUCGCCAUGACUAUCACGGCGGUGGUGACGCAGUACUUUCACCGUUACUGCGAGAGCUCCAACAACCCUGUCUUUGCACAUAUCUGGGUCAUCGCCAUCAACUGUAUCGCAGUCACAAUAGCCAUGUAUUGCGUCAUCCAGUUCUACAUCCAGCUCAAGGAGCCGCUCAAGGAACACAAGCCCUUCCUCAAAGUGCUGGCCAUCAAGCUUGUCAUCUUCCUCUCCUUCUGGCAAGCGACGGCCAUCUCUGUCGGCACAUCUACCUUGGAUCUCGUGCACGCAAACGAGGUUAUUGCCUAUCCCGACCUCAAGGUCGGCAUUCCCAUGCUACUGCUGUGCUUUGAGAUGGCUUGCUUCUCGAUCCUGCAUAUCUGGGCUUUCCCCUACCGUCCUUACACUGCUGGCGCGCCGCAGACUUUCUACCCUGUUGCCGAUCCGGAUUCCGGCCUGUCACCUAGGCCCAACGAACACGCGAAACCUAGUGGCGGGUUCAUGGGCCUACGAGCCAUCUGGGACGCGCUGAAUGUCUGGGAUAUUGUCAAGGCAUUCGGCCGCGGUGUCCGUUGGCUCUUCGUCGGCGUGCGUCACCGUCAUGAGGACAUCAGCUACCGCACGGCCCCUAACAAGGCUGGCGUGGACAUGGACGACCUCAGCCACAAGGACGGUGGGCUCCACGCCAACACGGCCUACGGCGGGGCGAACGGUGGCAAGAGCACCGACAAUCUUCCCAUCGCUACCGAGUUCCGCAGGAGCCGCUUUGACCAGUUGUACGGGCAGCAAGAGACCGGCGUGACGGGUGGUAGCGGGGGCAGGCCCGGCGCGCCGCAUCCAGAGGACGAAGCCGACGGCCUGAUCUCACACGCGCAACCCAUGUCUGGGAGCAGAGAUGCGAGAUCUCAAGAUCCCAGCCCGUACCGCAAUCCGGCAGAAUACGACGGCACGAGACCGUACGACCAAGGCGGCGACUUGUCGGCGCCUGUGCCAUACAGAGGGGCAAGGGAGCAGCCGUACGACAUGCCGGAGCAUGAUGACCGGUACGUGGCGUACGGCGGUUAUUCCGCCCCGCAAGGCCAUCCGCACCAGCAGAGGCCGAACCCGAGGAACUCGACGCAACUGAGAGUUGGUCAGGCGCUCUGGGGCACUCCUGGGAACGGCAGCAGUGGUGGUGGCGGCCGGGGUAACGAGAUAUAG